CCUACCACAUCGUUAAUUAAUUAGUAAUUAAGAAAGUCGUAGUAUCCCGAUCGAGUAAACGGAAUUGUUAAUGGCGUCUCCGGCCACCUCUUCCGCAGUGCUCCUCGUCGUCGUCCUGGUCGCCGCCGGGACUGCGAACGCGGCCAUCUUCACCAUCACCAACCAGUGCCCGUACACGGUGUGGCCGGCGGCGACGCCGGUGGGCGGCGGCGUGCAGCUGAACCCGGGGGACACGUGGACCAUCGACGUGCCCGCGGGGACCAGCUCCGGCAGGGUGUGGGGCCGGACCGGCUGCAGCUUCAACGGCGCCGGCACCGGCAGCUGCGCCACCGGCGACUGCGCCGGCGCGCUGUCGUGCACCCUCUCCGGCCAGAAGCCGCUGACGUUGGCGGAGUUCACGCUGGCGGGCUCCGCCGGCGGCAGCCAGCAGCUGGAUUUCUACGACGUGUCGGUGAUCGACGGGUUCAACGUGGGGAUGAGCUUCUCCUGCAGCUCCGGCGAGACGCUGACGUGCAGGGACAGCUGCUGCCCCGACAACACCAAGCUGCGCCACUGCAACGCCAACAGCAACUACCAAGUCCUCUUCUGCCCAUAAUCGAACGAUGAACUCAUCUAUGCCCUAGCUUAGCUGCUGGCUAUAGAUAUAUAUAUGUCCAUGACGUAUACAUAUGGUUUAUAACAUUGUCAUGUUAUAUAUAUGUAUCAUGGGACAAUAUAUAAAUAAAGUUGAUGAAUAAAACGACACCUUGAUCAUCGAUAA